AUGCACAUACGCCAGGUUGUCCCCAACGCAAUAACAACCAUUUUCCGGCUCACGCUAUGCGUCGCCAUUGCCCGCUGCCAAACAUCAGGGAACGAAAUAGGAGACUAUGCGGAAAGCGGCACCUACCUAAUCGUCUACUGCAACGCCAACACCACCGACUCCCACGCCGCAUACCUGCAGAACCUGAUCCCUUACAUGCAAUCAAGCCUGCAGGCCGUCCUGAGGGAUCUAGACCGCGGGACGGCAUCACCAGCCUACCGCGCGUUCUUCAAAACAACCAAGAACCUCGACGCCGUCCGCCAAAUCUUCACGGACAUCGUCAACGGCCCUGACGUCCUCACCGUCGGUGCGCUAAACGUCACGCGUUGGUCGCCUCCGACCUUGGUCUGUGCGGACGCUGAUGAACCUUUCUUACACCAUCUGCGGGACGACUGCAACACCCCUACACGCCCUCCCAUGAACACGAUGCAGCCCGCCAAAAUCGUCUCCGUCUGUCCCAUCUUCUGGACCCUACCCCGCGUCGCGCGGAAAGCGGCCUGUCCGUGGGUCGUGGACGGGAGGCUUUUGACCGAGCCGUGGAAUCUGAGGACGACGCAGUACGCGGUGCUUGUGCAUGAGUUGGUGCAUGUUUACAACCGGUUCGACGAUCGCGACGAGGUGUACAAUUUGGGAGAUGUGGUCGGGUUGAACGCGACGGGGAGUUUGGGAAAUGCGCAGAAUUUUGCGAGUUAUGCUGCUGGUGAGUGGUGA